UCGAGAAUUUGACGUAUUUCUAUUGUGUAUACGUCAAAUUCCAUGUUCGUUUGGAUACGUCAUGGCCUCUUGGUCACACUCUAACUAGAGUGCUCUAGUGCAGAUCAGAUGUUGACGAAAGCGAAAAAAUCGUGGCUAACCCAUCACAUGACGAGAAAACCAUAAUAAACACUUGAUAAUAUUAUUUAUUUUCAAAGAUAACUUUAAAUUGCUCUUUGAAAAUUAUUUCAUAGAAUGAGUGGAGCAGAAAUGUCAGUGCGGCCAAUCAAGGAUGCAACCAUCAAAAUCGUCCUAUCGGCAUCAUUUCAAAAUUUGAUCGUAACUCGUCUAUCUCGCUAUACACAAAUCCCUGGUUCCAUUAAAUGUGUUGUCCAAAACAAGCCAACCAAAAGUAUUAAAACCGAGGAAUUGUCAUAUAAUGAAUCAAUACAGUUUACAACCGAAGAAAUAGCUUACUUGAAAAAUGAAAAUUUGGAAAACACGUGCAAAGUUUUAGAUUUGAAUGUUAAAAGUGAAAGCGGUUUGAAGGUUGGUCGCAAAAGAACAAAUGUUCAAACGAUAUCGUUAGCAGACCUCAAAUGGUUAAACCAGGCCAUGAGUCGUCUUCGAAACGACGAUCCUACUGUUCCAUAUUUACACGAAUUGAUGCAUGAUUGCGAAAUAAUACUUCCUGAAAACGAAAUCAUGGAGCGAAAUCCGGAACUUGAAGCACGUUGUCAGAAACUUCGCAGACAACAGGAAGCUAAGCAAUACGAGGCGAUGACUCGAAACGUGGAUAGCUUAAGAACACACCAUCCGCAAGAUACUAUCUCUUUCCAAAUGAAACAAAUCAACCGCCAGUUGAUAGCAGUUGCUCAGUUUAUAUUUUCGGUAGCUGCUGGAUUUGCAUUUGGUUUUAUUGGAAUCGAAUUAAUUGUUGGACAACUGGAUUUUGGUUUCCGGCUACUGCUUGGCAUAAUGAUAGCACUUAUUAUUGCACUAGCCGAAAUUUAUUUCCUGGCGAAGAAAUUAAACGAGGAGUACGAUGUUUCCAUGCAUACACCACUACAUACUGCUGGUAACGUCGAAAGAAAAGUUAUGGAAUCAAUUCAAAUUACUACUAAGAACAGUGUUUCGACAGAGAAAUUACAUAAGGAUUAGGAUGUGAUACACUGACUUUUAUUAAAAAAAUACUUAAGAUAAUGAAA